AUGGCAAAGCAUCGUCACUCGCGGCAGCGGCGUCGCUUCUGGGCUGUGCGCGUUCACAGCGGCUGCCCGAAGACUGUCCAGGUCCCUGCUGGGCAGUCCUUGUACCUCUCUCGGGCCUGCCUCAGCGAGGAUCAACAACACUCGAGCGGCGGCUGCCACCAUGCCACCUUCCAGGCCAGCUGUGUUUCGGCCACCGGUGCAACUCCAGGCAAGCAGGACAUUGCUGCCUUCAACUUUGCUUUCCUUGUCGAAGAAGGUGGCCGGAACCUCUCCCUGCGCCUGCCCUGCGGUUUUUCUUGGCAGCUUCAGGUAACUGACAAAGGCGCCUCACCCAAGAGCCCCAUGAUUCUGGACAUUCUGGGCUACACGCAGGGUGAGACCGAAGCCGAAGCUCCGUGCGUGGAGACGAGCGUGCCGGCAAGGCAACGGGAUCUUCGCAAGGUGCACCUCCCUGCAGGCUGGACAGCGCUGUCCCUGAAGUCCGCUGGAGAGGGCCGUUUGGUUGUGACGGAUGUCCCAAAAGCCUGCUUCUCCUCCGCAACCUUCGGAGCGUCAGCUGCUCCCCAGGUGGCAAACGUCGCGACCGGUGAUGAGAUCGUCGAGGUGAAUGGGUUUUCCCUCCCCAGACUGGCCGAGCAGAUCACGGCUACGGGCGGCACCUUCAACACGUGCCAGAGCAAGCACUUGCCAGGAUCUGUGGGGAAAUUGCAGUCGCCUCCCUGUGUCUCCUGCGACUUCAUUCGUCGACUGCGCGAGUACGGCUUGGAUUUGGCCCUCCAGAUGUGGCUGCGCGUCGUCAAGCAGGAGAUGCCGAUCACGCUUGGCGUCUGUUCCCCAGCUUCUCCUGCAAAAAGGCCUCGUGACCACCCUCACGAAAGCAGACAGAGUCCUGGCAGCACAACUUCCCCAGCAAGGCCAGCCGGCUCUGGAUUGGGCUCGCCGGUGGGAGCUGCUGCAAUCGAAGAGAAGGAGCCCAGCGACCGACAGGCUGUGCGCUACAACCCGCUGAAACCGGCAGCAUCGCCGGGCGCCCCUCUGCAACCCGCACGAGUGCGCCAGGAUCGCCCUGUUCGUGGGGCCGUGACUCAGCUUGCUGGCGGCUUGAGUUUCGAAGAGCUGCCACCACGCGGAGGCGUCGCCUGCGGCGACGAGAAGGCUUCAAUGGGGCAGGAAGUUGAGCUCCGCUUUGCGAUCUCCACAAAGGGAAGCAAGCCUAAGGUGGUGGAACGCGGGCAGGUGUCGUUUCAACUCGGCGACGCGGACCUCAAGGAUGGCUGGGUGGACGGGAACCUGAACAUCGAGGAAGUCCUGCGUGCUUGGGCACCAGCUAUCCUGGGCAUGCGCACGGGCCAGCGGCGACGCCUGCUGGUGCCUGGACGGCUGGGCUUCCGCGAUGGGGGCGAGGUGCUAACCGACAAGGCCGACCUGUCCGUUGAGCUGGAGCUGAAGCAAGUGAAAUAG